AUGUCAAAAAUUGAAGCUAAUUUACAUAAAGCUUUGAAGAAAGCUUGUUCUAUUGAAGAAAGUGCUCCAAAGAGAAAACAUUUAAGAACUUUAAUUGUUUAUACUUGGGAUCAUCAUUCUUCAUCAGAAGUCUUUGAAGCUUUAAAAGCUUCCCCUUUUGUUAAUGAUGAAAUUCAAUUAUUUAAAUCUUUAAUUGUUCUUCAUAAAAUUAUUCAAGAAGGUCAUCCGACCGCUUUAAAAGAAGCAAUUAAAAACCGUGAAUGGAUUAGAUCGCUUGGGAGAAUUCAUUCAAGUGGUUCAGAAUAUGGUACUUUAAUUAGAGAAUAUAUUAGAUAUUUAAUACUUAAAUUAGAUUUCCAUUCCCAUCACAAAGGUUUUGAUAACGGUACUUUUGAAUACGAAGAAUAUGUUUCUUUAGUAUCUGUUGCUGAUCCUGACGAAGGUUAUGAAACUAUUUUAGAUUUAAUGUCCUUACAGGAUUCAUUAGAUCAAUUUGCUCAAAUCAUUUUUGCUUCAAUUCAAUCAGAUAGAAGAAAUUCAGAAUGUAAAAUUUCUUCUUUAAUUCCAAUGAUUGCAGAAUCCUACGGGAUUUAUAAAUUUAUCACUUCAAUGUUAAGAGCAAUGUAUAGAGAAUUAAAUGAUCCAGAAGGGGGUGAUGCUUUACAACCUUUAAGGGAACGUUAUCAAGAACAACACAAUAGAUUGUUUGAAUUUUAUGCAGAUUGUUCUUCAAUUAAAUAUUUAACUACUUUAGUAACAAUUCCAAAAUUACCAAUGGAUUCUCCAAAUGUUGAAUUAGCUGCAAACGAUAAUGAUAAUAAUGAAAAUAGAACAGAAAUUAAAUUCGAGAAAAAAGAAAUUCAUCGUCAAAAAUCCCCUUCUCCUUCAAAAUCUUUGGAACCUUCGAGAACUGCAAGUAGUUCUGUUAUGAACCCAAUGUUAACAGCAACAAAUACUAAUAUGUCAACAUUAAUUCCAACUGCUACUGCAGCGGCAGCUAUGAUGCCAUCAAUGACAGCUCAAAUGCCUCAAGAUUAUUGGGUUAAUCAACAACAACAAUAUAUGAAUGAACAAGCUCAAUUAGAACAAGAACGUCAAAGACAAUUAAUCGAACAACAAAAUCAACAGCAACAAUUUCAACAACAAUUACAAAAUGCUCAACAAGAAAUGAUGCAAUUACAGGUACAACAGCAAUCACAACAUCAAAAUGAUCUUUUAGCUUUAACUGAUCAAUAUGAAAAGGAUCAAACUCUUUUACAACAAUAUGAUCAACGUGUUCAACAAUUGGAAAGUGAAAUUAAUACAAUGAAUGAAAAUGCUUCAAAACAAUUAUCAAAUAAAGAUGAACAAAUCGAAUCAUUGAGUAAGCAGUUAGAUAUGUGGGAGAAAAAAUAUGAAUCAUUAGCUAAAUUAUAUUCUCAAUUACGUCAAGAGCACUUAUCAUUACUUCCAAGGUUUAAAAAAUUACAGAUGAAAGUUAGUAGUGCUCAAGAAGCUAUGAAACAAAAAGAUCAUUUUGAACAAAAAAAUAAACAAAAAGAUUUACAAAUGGCUCAAUUGAUUAAAGAACGUGAUAGAGCAAGAGUUGAAAAUGAUAGAUUACAAGCACAAUUAAGUGAUGUUUCAUCAAAUCAAAAUAAUCAAAUGGCCGAUGAAGCUCAAGAAAAGAUGCUUUCAAUUUCAGAAAAUAAAUUAAAACCAAUGAUGGAUGCCGUCUUAGAAAAUGGUAUGACAAAUAUACAAGAGGCCAUUUAUACGUUAGAUGCUCCUUCAACUUGGUCAGGUGCCGCAAUUGAUCCAACAUUCUUAUUAUCUCUAAUAGAAAAUUGUUCUGAGAGAGCUACAGAUUUUGCUACAAGUUUCAAUGAUUUAAUUGUCGAUGGUGAAAUUGAAGGUGAUCAAAUUACAGUUGUCUUAAAUAUAAGUGACUUUAGUUCUUCCAUUACUACAUUAAUAUCGAACUUUAAAAAUGUAGCAGCAACCUUAGAAGCUCAAGGUGAAGAUUCAGAAAAUAUCAUAGCUCUAGUUAAGAGAUGUGGUAACGAAGCUAAAUAUUUUUUCGAGGAUUUAUUAUCUGAAAAUCUAGAUGGUAAAGAUGACGAAGAAAAGACUGAUAUCGUCAUUAAUGCAAAUGUCGAUAUGCAAGAAAAACUACAAGAAUUAUCCAUCAUGAUUGAACCAUUUGUAAAAGAACUAUCACAAGCCUCAGAGAAUAAUCCACAUCAAGAAUUAAUUAAUACAGCUAAUAAGUUGGAAAAAUCCUCUCAAAGCUUACGUGUGAAUAUUGAUGUGAAUGUUCCAAAACCUUUAUUAUCAAUGGCUUUGGCUAUUAUUGAUGCCGUUGUUUCUUUAGUCAGAGCUGCCGUAGAAUGUCAAAAUGAAAUAGGUAAUACAACAGAUCUUGGAUUAAAGGAGUUUUAUAAGAAAAACCAUCGUUGGACUGAGGGUCUAAUAUCUGCAGCCAAAGCCGUAGCCACUGCCACAAACACUUUGAUCAAUAUUGCUGGUAAUUUGGUCAGCUCAGAUGGAUCGGGUUCUCUAGAGGAAUUUAUUGUGGCGUCUAGAGAAGUUGCCGCAUCAACGAUACAAUUAGUGGCUGCAUCGAGAGUGAAAACAUCUUUACAUUCAAAGGCACAAGAACAACUUGAACUUUCAUCAAAGGAUGUUAGUGGUGUCUGUAAAGCUCUUGUAAAUUGCAUCAUGGACCAAACAAAAACAAAAUCAGAGAAAGAUCAACAACCUGUUAACUUCAGUUCUGAAUACGCUGUCAAGACUGCUGAAAUGGAACAACAAGUUACCAUUUUGAAGCUUGAACAAUCUUUGAACACCGCCAGAAGAAGACUGGGGGAUAUUAGAAAACACGCUUACUAUUUACAAGACGAUGACCAACCAAACUAA